GCGGGGGGCGGGAGAGGCCGCCCUGCCGCUGGCACCGCCUCGGCCCCGGUCUGUGCCUGAGGAGAUCCCCUCUUCUGGGGGAGGAGGAGGAAAGCGGAGAGAGAGCGGGACAACUUCUGCACCUUGAAAAAGGACAGAGGGGGGAGGGGAAAAAAAAAACAACAACUCGUGUUGUGGGACAUCUUCAAAACACAGCAUCACGCCAGGCAUCCCAGUUCCAGUAGGACACACCAACGCUGGUGAACCUCACCACGGCGGCAGGAGGAAACCUGGCUGCUGCUGCCGCAGCGAAGUCCCGCAUGCGUUAGAGGCUCCUGGGCUUCCCAGCUGGAAGAUGCGUCCUGCCGCAGGAGUGUGGUGGUGCUGCUGCUGAGAAGCGUGGGGCUGUGGAACAUGCUUGUCUUUGGGAUUAUGUGUGGAGAAAGGCCGUCGGUCCUGGGGAGAGCUGGCUGGUGAACCUCUCUGACUUUGUCCCCUUCUGGGGAAGUGGCUUCAAUGGCUCCAUCUCCCAGGAGAAGCAGUAGGAGAGAUGCCAAUGCCUUGCCAAGCAUGUCCUCAACCUUCUGGGCUAUCAUGAUCCUGGCUAGUCUCCUAAUUGCUUACUGCAGUCAACUGGCUGCAGGUACAUGUGAGAUUGUUACUUUGGACAGAGAUAGCAGUCAACCCCGAAGGACUAUAGCUCGACAAACAGCUCGCUGUGCAUGUAAAAAAGGACAGAUUGCCGGUACAACAAGAGCAAGGCCAGCCUGUGUUGAUGCACGAAUUAUCAAAACAAAACAGUGGUGUGAAAUGCUGCCAUGUUUAGAAGGAGAAGGCUGUGAUUUGCUAAUCAAUAAAUCAGGCUGGACCUGUACACAACCAGGAGGUCGGAUAAAGACAACCACGACUGAAGACCAGCUGGAAAUGUCCUGAGGCCAUGGUCUAGUGGUCUGAGCUUGGGACUGGGAGCCAGAAACUCCUGAGCUCUAAUCCCGGCUCUGACAGUGACUUCCUCUGUGGCCUUGGCCUGUCUGAGGCCAUGUGGUUUGGAGAUCUGAUCACUAGUCCGAAAACGAAAGGCUGUGUGCAAGAUUUCUGGGGUGUUUUUUCCUGGAAAAGGUCUCCUGACAAAUGCAGCAACACAGAAUCCUCGUAGGAGUGGUUUAGGCUCUGUGUGAGCUACUUAACUUAGUCAAGUUUCACUGCUGUGGACCAUCAUCCAUUAUAUGUCAUCAACUCAACUGUCUGUUUAUCUGUAUCUCAUGAAAGACAGCAUAAUUUCUCUACAUCAUGAGCUAAAGUUUGUUCUACCAUACUAAGGAUCGCAGGACUAAGGAAUAUAGAAAAAAGAGAUAUGCUUGGGCAUUAGCAAUACAAAAAAGUUCAUGGUUAAUGUUUCAUCUGCGUUAUACACCACUGCUGGACUUGCUGUUACCUACGUUUUAACCUGAAGAGUCUGCUACAAUGAAGAGUAUCAUCCCAAUCAGCCUUAGAGAAGACUGUUUUGCCUAUGGGAGGACACUGAGGUGCAAAAGAGAAACUCUUCUUGUGCCCUAAACUGUCUGAAUUGCUUUUAUUUUCUUAUACUUUCAAUAUAUUCAAUAGACCAAAGAGCAAAAUCUAUUUUAAAGUGGACACAAUCUUACCGUUAACAGAGUUAUGUUGUUAAAUUGUAGGGGGUCUCCACAAAGACAUGAUUCCAGCUUUCACAAAGCUGAGAUGUUGUCCAGCAGAAGUCUCUAUGGAAAGCUGCAGUAAAAACUAACCCAGAGACCAGCUCUUGAAAUGACACAUUCGAGAGAACAUAAUGGAGCACUGAAAGGAAAUGACCUAUGUUUGAAAAACUUGGGACAAAAAGAACAUAAACUGUCUACAAGGCACCUUUAUUCCUCUGUACUUAGAUUGACUUUCUCGUACUAAAAUCAUUUUCAGUUUUAACCAGUUAAACAUGCCUCUUCUACAGUUCCAUUUUUGAUAGUUAAAGUUGGAUAAUACAGUAUUUGCAAAGAGCAUGUUUGGUCAUCUGUGGCCUAUGUCUCAUCUGAUACACCAUUUAGCACCAGAAAGCAAAUUAAAGAGAAAACAAAAGUAACACUUGUUUGAAAGAGAUCAUUAAAUGUAUUUUGAAAAGCCUAAAGUUAUAUAUUUAACAGUUUUUAUAUGUUGUAUAUUUGUAGAAAAUCCUAUUUAACAAUUAACGUGAUGACUCUGACAGUCAUGACAAGUGGUUCAGAGUUAAGUUGUGUUUUAUUACUUCAGUUGUCUCUGAAGUGACUGGUGUCGUUUGCUUUCUUCCAUUGGGACAUUCUGGAUGUAAAGCAUGACCAGAGAGGACUGUGUAGAAAAAGCAAAGAAUAAUGUUGUUUAUAUUACAUAAAUGCAUUCAACCAUUGCACUGUUGGAAGGCAUUUUUUAUUUUUAUUUUUAUUUUUCUGUCUUUAUGUACUGAUAAAAAUAGAGUGUAAAAUAUUUUACUCAUUGCUCUUCAUAGCAAGUUUUGUUUUUCUUUCUCUCUCUCUCUCUCUGUUUUUCUCUCUCUUUCUUUCCCCCUACAUUUAUGUAGUACAGUGUAAGGGUCUGUUUGCAGCCUGUUCCUUUCAAUGUUUACCUCAUUGUUAGAAAGCCCCCUGUUUCAGUAUUAUUGGUUAGUAAAAAUUUAGCCAAGACAGCAAAGAGGGGAAAAAUGUGAUAAAACAGAGAAACGACAACAACAACAAAUUUAUUCCCUUUUACUUUACCUUUCUAUGUGUAAGUUUGGUGCAUACUAGUAUGAUGCAAUCAAGAAGGGAGCUUCAUUUCUUCCUGGCAAAUGUACUAUGGUUUCAAGUAUACUACCUAAUACUCCAAUUAACUUUUAAUGUUAUGCUAGUUCUAUGCUACUAAAGAAAAAUAUAUAGAGAUUGUUCAAGUGACCAUAGAUGAAAGGUUCAAAAAUGAAAAGCUGAUUAAAGAACUUUUUUAAAGGCCUGUUCUAAUACAGGUCUCUGCUUAUUUAAUGCAGAAGUUGAAGGAAAGAUGAACUAUAGAUGAUUUUGUCUUCAAAUAAAAUAAAUAUAUACAAAAUUAUUAUUUAAUCUUAGGAUUUUGACCAGUGUCAAGGUAGCAAUUAAAGCCCAGCCACUUGAAGAGUGUUAUGGACUGACUGCACUAUAAAUGACCAAUGUCAGGUUUAAAAUGUCAUGCAAUAAAUGAUGGUUAAUACAUUUACUGUAUAUGUAGACCUCAAGAGCCAGAUCCCUCACUCUACCAACUCUCUGUUUUGAUUUAUUUAAAAGGGAGUGUAGUAGCCUUAUUUAGUUAACACAGUACAAUUAAAGAUGUUACAUCAUU